CAGGAAUGAGGAAGGAGCGCUGAGAUUACCGGCCGCCCGCCCCUCAUAUAAAGCGACCUGCCGAGGCACGACACACACACCGUGCCCAGACCUCCUGGCAAUACAUACCCCAACGAGCUCUCCAGGUCGAAACAACCGAAGCAAAAUGAAAGUGUUCCAGAUGCUGUUUGUGCUGACCCUCUGCGUCGUGCUGGAGUUGGCGUUGGCCUACCCCGCAGCUGAAGCCGAAGCCGAACCCGAAGCGAGGCGGCGUUUCGGAAGUUUCGGAGGAUUCGGCGGCCAUGGAUUCGGUCACGGUGGAUUCGGUCACGGUGGAUUCAGCCAUGGAUUGGGUCACGGUGGAUUCGGCCACGGAUUCGUUGGCCACGACCACGUUAUUCAUCACGGCGAUCAUAUUCACGUCCUCCACCACCAUUUUUAAGCGGUCAUCGGAUGGCCUUGCCUGACUGUGACCUAGACGAAGGAAGCGCCGCCUUUGCCGAACGCUUAUAUUAAUGAUUAACAACGUAAUACAUUUUUUAUACAUA